AUGACGGGCUCCAAGAUGCUGUUCGGAUGUUUGGCGUUAAUUGCUUUUCUGCAUCCAUUAGUUCACGUUUGUACUUCGAGUAAAUGUACCACACCGGACAAUCAAGAAGGCAGGUGCCUUGACUACAGAAAAUGUAAACCUCUGCAAGAAAUAUGGCAGAUACAGUACCGUACAGCCACCGAUUUUUAUAGACGAUCAGUGUGCAGAUACCAGGGCAAUGUUACGAUCGUUUGCUGUCCGAACGAUCCAAACAAAGAGAAGAGAGAAAUUUUAAUAAAAACUGUGUAUAAGUAUAAGGCUUUGCGACCACCAUACUGUGGUUUUAGCAACGUCUCUCAUACCAGGGUGGUCGAUGGUAAACCAGCUGAACUUGGCGCUUGGCCAUGGAUCGCUGCAUUAGGUUUUCGUAAUCCCCGAAACCCAGACAAACCACUAUGGAAGUGCGGAGGUUCCCUGAUAUCGGCUAGGCAUGUUUUGACCGCAGCACAUUGUGCACAUAUGGAUGGAAUAGAAAACAUACACAAUCAUAAUAUUGUCAUUCUUAGAUUGGUGGAGGAGGUGCCAUUUUCGAGGUACGUAUAUCCCAUUUGUACGAAAGAGCCCCUACGAAAGAGCAACUUCGUCGGCUAUAACCCCCUUGUUGCUGGAUGGGGAGCAUUAAGAUAUAGACGACCACGACGUAAUGCAUUAAUGGAAGUACAAAUGCCAGUGAUUAAGAACGCCGAAUGCAAAAUAGCUUAUUCCAAAUUUCCUAAUGCACCUGAUAUCACUGAUGGUAUAAUAUGCGCCGAACAUGCUCAGGGUGGAGAGGAUUCUUGUACGGCUGACCGCGGCGGACCACUGCUGAUACAACAUGAAUUAACCUCGUAUUUAAUAGGUAUUGUGUCUUAUGCUUAUAAGUGCGGCACAGCUGGGUAUCCCAGCGUUUACACUAGGGUCACAUCGUACCUUGACUUCAUUCUCCAAGCGAUGCAAUAAUAUGAUAUUACUGUUCCAUAAAUAUCAUUGUGUAAAAAACGUAAAGUUGGAUUUUCUUAUUGUGGAGAUAAGAAACAGCUCAAAUUUACAUUGUUUUGUACGUUACAAAUUAUAGGCUUAAAAUGUACGAAAUGUAACUUUGAAACGACACUAAUUUUUUACGCACGAUAAACCUCCACGACUUAGAUUAUAGAUUCCUAUACGACUCUCAGUAAAAAUUUAUCCGCACUCCAGAUAGUUAAAACUUCUGUCGACCGUAUUGAUCCAUCUGCACUCUUCGUAUGACGUCAAUAUCUGUUCAG